AUGGCAAACACUCCGGCGACAGCUUCUUCUCCGGCGACAACACGAUUCGAUUCCACUGAGAAAGCGCUGUGUUUACCUGAGAUCCUCGAUUUAAUAUUUUCAUUUUGUUUAGAUGCAAACGACUUGAAGACCUUGUCCAAAGCUGUCCAAGUAAACCGGUUAUGGUUUGAGUGCGGGACGGAAAAGUUAUGGAAAAGUAGGAAAGCUAAGGACUACCUGCUACGAAUUUUUACCAUUGGUUUUUAUUACUCCAAGGAGAUAAAUUAUUACGAGGCAUUCAAAGACCUCGAAUUCCACCGAUUGCGGGAGCUAGAUAUUUUUAGCUAUGGUCAAGAUCUCAGAGACAUGGAGAUGUACUGCGUGCCAUCGCUGCAAAAAGUCAAGUUUGUUGACUUAUUUGCCCAAAUUUCUACGCUUGGCUGCUUGAGCAGUUGUCCGGAACUAAAGUCGAUACACCUUCACGUGUGGACAGGACUCACGCCCCAACUUGUUUUGGAUAUUUUGAAGCACCUACCAUUGUUGCAAGAGGCCAUUCUCAUUAAUGAGCUAGUAGACGAUACUAGCAGCAGCGUUAUAAGCGGCGAUCUUCUUCUUCACUCGGCACAGAGCAAGUGUGUAACCACCUUGGAUCUUCCAUGGAGCUGGUCAGCUUCUGCGGUAGAACAGGUUACAAUCGCAAAAGAUGAUAUGGGAUUCGCGUCCUUUCCCGUACUUGAAUCUCUAUAUUUGGUUGCUACAGCGGCGGCCAUCGAAGGGGCUGUACCUCUAUUGAGAAAUCUUACUUCGCUUAACCUAUUGCUGGAAGAUUCGGAUUCUGCAGCAAUAAUGGCAUUGAGUGCUCUUUCAAAGCUUCGAACUCUGAUCAUGAAGCCUGGGCGGCGGCCUCUUGGCCAUUUUGAUGCCCCCAUCGCUAUAGAGACGGAUUUCUCAAACGAUGACUGCGAGAUAGUUGCAUCUCAUUGGCCAGAUCUUCGUCACUUGUCACUAAACCUAGUGUGUGCCAAUCUAUCUACCAAGGGAUUGUUAUCUCUUGGUCGGCAUUGUCGGAGAUUGAACUUUUGCGAGACCAGUCAGGAUAUCAAUCUUGACGACUUGGUUUCAGAUGGCUGUAAUGGCGAUGCCUUAUUUCCACAGCUUAGGACGUUAUAUUUUACCCAGACAGUGGACGGGCAAAUUGGCAUCCCCAGAGGAGUAGCCACCAAAGGAUUAAAUGCCAUCUUCUUAUACGUUCUUCAUACAUGCUAUUUACUAGGUACAUAUAGUAGUAUCAGGACUUUACCAAUGACACCACAUAGCCUAGAAGUAAAAUACGGGAUUGGAUGCUAG